AGCAAUAAGCAAAUCAAGCCAGUCUUAUUAUCCAAGUAGCUCAAAAUGAAAUGGAAUUACCUGGAAAAGAGCUAACUGUUGACUCUGUCUACAAACAACUUUUUAUAGGAAUACCAACUAGUGUGAUUACAAUCAUAGUUAAUUAAAUAAAGAAAUUAAAUGAGGUUUUAAAUAAUGUGAAAAGCCCAUCAACCUCCCCUUUCUAAUUGGCUAAAGAAAAUAUCUCACCUGCACCAAGAAGUUUUAGUUUUUGCAAAGUUCCACAUCAAGAACAACAAACAAAAGAUUUGGAUUCUAAAUUAAAUAACAAGAAAGCAAAACUAGGAUUAACAAAGACCCCAAAAGAUUGUCUACUUAUGUUUGGUAAUUUGACUAAACUUGUCUUAGCAAAAUUUAUAUAAAAAGCACACAAGCUUGUCCUGUCCAAUGAAUGUAAAGCAAAGGAGAGGACAAUUUUCACGGGCGGCUUUGAUCAUGACGAAUAUUUUUAGAUGACUUGGAUUUUUCUUUUUAUUUUUGACUAAAUUGACAAUAAUUAGAAAUAAACAGCAAAAUCCAAGUAGAAUACCUACCGUCCAAGACUCAAAAAGCACUCUCAUCAGUUUGGUGGGAGGGUCCAGCUCUGUCCAAGAAGUGUCCCUUUCCGAGGGCCAUAUCGAAGCCCAGCAUCAUUCCCCGUGUGAAAACGUUCGUUUUCUUUGUGAAAUGUGAAAUGCCCAUUCCCAACAGCGAAUACCAGCGAACGGGGAGAGCCGUAGAGCACAUUCGUGUUCAUAAAUAUAAAAAGAUGGUUAGGUGAUCUUCCCGUUUUCAGUCUUUGACCUAGUGAAAGGCAUGUACGAGCCCAAACCAGGCGUAUUAUUUUUUCUAAGGUUACUGUUACUAUAACUUUUGGGAUGGCAAAUUCUAAGAAGAAACGAAUAAACCGAGGAGAAAAAAGGUAGCAAAGAGUCAAGCAUCCUCUCCUAUCAAACUAUACCAAAUGUCUUCAAAGUGAACAAACCAGCUACACCAGUUUGAGAGAGGAGCUCCUAGAGCCAGAGUGAGUGAAGAAUGGGAACUAUAAGAAAUCACCAUCUUUGUAGCUUCUUCUUGUUCUUCGCUUUCCUGGCUAUCUUCCCAACAAUUUCCUUCUCCAUUGACACCUUAACUGCUACUCAGUCUAUUAUAAAUAACCAAACUCUCGUCUCCCCAGGUGAUGUUUUCGAGUUUGGGUUCUUCACCCUGGAAAUUCCAGGUGAAUGGUACGUGGGGAUAUGGUACAAGAACAUUCCUGACAGAACAUACGUGUGGAUUGCCAACAGAGACAAGCCACUUGCAAACUCGUCAGGUAUUUUCAAGCUGGAGGAUCGAAACCUCGUUCUUCUUGACCAGGGACAGAAUCUUGUAUGGUCAUCAAACAUAACAAAGGGUGACAACCCUGUUGCACAGUUGUUAGACUCUGGAAAUUUGGUUCUAAGAGAAGCAAACAUUAACGAUGAGACCAACCAUUACCUCUGGCAGAGCUUUGAUUACCCUACAGAUACUUUAUUACCAGAUAUGAAGCUCGGAUGGGAUCUAAACGCAGGGUUUAACAGAUUCUUAACAGGUUGGAGAACUAGAGGAGACCCUUCAUCUGGGGAUUUCUCAUUCAAGCUAGAUUAUCAUGGAUUUCCAGAAAUAUUCUUGUGGAACAAGCAAAAGAUAGAAUACAGAAGCGGUCCAUGGAACGGUCUAAGGUUUAGCGGUGUUCCGGAAAUGAAACCUCUUGAUUAUAUCAGCUUCAACUUUGUCACCAACCAAGAUGAGGUAUACUAUUCAUUUUCUAUAACAAACAAGAACUUGUUUUCCAGGUUGAUAGUUACUCCAACUGGGACUCUUGAAAGAUUAACGUGGAUCCCUGAUACUGAACAAUGGAAUCCAUUUUGGUACGCACCAAAAGACCAGUGUGACAAUUACCGGGAGUGUGGUCAAUAUGGUAUAUGUGACAGCAACGCAUCUCCAGUUUGCAAAUGCCCAAAAGGGUUCAGUCCCAAGAAUCAGCAAGCAUGGAAUUUGAGGGAUGGGUCUGGUGGGUGUAUUCGGAAGACAGAUCUUGAUUGCACCAAGGACAAGUUCUUGCACCUGCCUAAUAUGAAGCUGCCAGAAAGUACUUCUUCAUUCGUGGACAAAAAUAAGACCCUAAAGGAUUGUGCAGCUUUGUGCUCCACGAAUUGUUCUUGCACUGCUUAUUCUAACUCCGACAUUCGAAAUGGAGGCACAGGUUGUGUUAUUUGGAUUGGUGACCUGAUUGAUAUGAGGCAAUAUACAGAUGGUGGUGGUCAAGAUCUCUAUGUUAGAUUGGCAGCUUCUGAUCUAGGAGAUGGUGGGAACACUACUGCUCUAAUCAUUGGCACUACGGUGGGUGCUGGUGCUUUGCUUUUAGGGCUGAUAGCCUAUGUGGUAUGGAAGAGGAAGGCAGUGCAAAACAAAGGAAAAAUAGGAAAGAAAGGUCCUCAUGAAAGAAGCCAAGAUUUUCUAUUGAAUGAGGUGGUUAUCUCAAGUAAGAAGGAGUACUCCGCUGAAAGGCAACCUGAUGAACUAGAAUUACCGUUGUUUGAUUUUGAUACCAUAGCAACAGCUACAGAUAACUUUUCUGAUGAAAAUAAACUUGGACAAGGUGGUUUUGGCUGCGUAUACAUGGGUAGGUUGGUUGAGGGUCAAGAAAUAGCAGUAAAAAGGCUCUCAAAGAACUCUGGGCAAGGGACUGAAGAAUUCAAGAAUGAGGUUAGAUUGAUUGCAAGGCUUCAGCAUAGGAAUCUUGUACGACUUCUUGGUUGCUGCAUUGAGAUGGAUGAGAAGAUGCUAGUCUAUGAGUACAUGGAACACAGGAGCCUGGAUUCCGUUUUAUUCAAUAAAGCAAGAAGCUACUUAUUAAAUUGGCAAAGGCGCUUCAACAUUAUUUGCGGUAUUGCUCGAGGACUUCUAUAUCUUCACCAGGAUUCCAGAUUUAGGAUCAUCCAUAGAGAUCUCAAAGCAAGCAACAUUUUGCUUGAUGGAGAAAUGAAUCCGAAAAUUUCAGAUUUUGGCAUGGCUAGAAUUUUCGGUGGUGAUCAAACAGAGGCAAAUACGAAGAGAGUAGUUGGAACCUAUGGCUAUAUGUCACCUGAAUAUGCAAUGGAUGGUCUCUUCUCAGCCAAAUCAGAUGUUUUUAGCUUUGGUGUUCUGGUGUUGGAGGUUGUAAGUGGCAAGAAGAACAGAGGAUUUUAUCAGUCAAACAGUGAACUCAACCUUCUUGGCCAUGCUUGGAGAUUGUGGAAAGAAGGGAAGGGAAUGGACUUAAUAGAUUCAGCAGUAGGUGACACCUAUAAUGCACAAGAAGUACUUAGGUGUAUACAGGUUGGCCUUUUGUGUGUGCAAGAGCGUGCAGAAGACAGGCCAACUAUGUCGACUGUGGUUUUGAUGUUGAAUAGUGAAACAGCAACAAUGCCCCAGCCUAAAACCCCUGGCUUUUGCCUAGGAAGAAGUACUCUUGAAACUGAUUCAUCUACCAGUAAGCAAGAUGAAUCAUGCACAGUGAACCAAGUCACAGUUACAAUGCUAGAUGCUAGGUAAUGGAAGGUCCUGCCUCAUCUAGGGUGUUUGUGUGUCUCAAAAAAAGUUCCCCUUGUACACUCUGUUGGAUUUUCAUGACAGCCUUAGCUGUAAUUUUUGUGGCAGUUUUGGGUAUUGAUGAAACUUUGGUGGUGUUAAACUUGUAAAUACAAUAUAUUCUUUUUAGUUUCAUAUUUUCAAGUCAACAAAAA